GGAUUCUGGUUGCAUCCUGAGCUCCGGAGCGCGCGGCGGCGCCAGACCUCUGUCCCGUGAGUGGGCGGAGCUUCCUGCAGCAGAAACAUGGCGGCUACUAUGGAAAAUGAAUCAGACAUAGGGAGCGACGAUUAUUAUUCCCUGUUGAACGUGAGGAGAGAGGCUACUCAGGACGAGCUGAAGUCCUCGUACCGGCGGCUGUGCAUGCUGUACCACCCGGACAAGCACAGAGAUCCUGAACUCAAGAAGAAGGCGGAGCAACUGUUCAAUCUCGUUCAUCGGGCCUACGAAGUUCUUAGUGACCCCCAGGCUCGAGCCGUAUACAACAUUUUUGGGACGAAAGGCCUGGAAGUAGAAGGAUGGGAGGUGGCGGAGAGGAAGAAGACGCCUGCGGAGAUCAGGGAGGAGUACGAGCGCCUGCAGAGGGAGAGGGACGAGAGGAGGCUACAGCAGAGGACCAACCCCAAGGGCACCAUCAGCGUAGGAAUAGACGCCACAGACCUGUUCGAUUGUUACGAAGAAGAUUUUGAGGAAACGCCAGGAGGAGGGUUCCCUCACAUCGAGAUCAACAGGAUGCACAUAUCACAAUCCGUCGAAGCCCCCUUGACAACGACGGAUACGGCCGUCCUUUCAGGCUCUCUGACCACGCACAACGGGAACGGUGGAGGUAACAUCAACCUGUGUCUGAGACGAGUCACAUCGACACACGGCUGGGGAGAGCUAGAGUUCGGGGCCGGAGACAUCAGAGGGCCUCUUUUUGGACUGAAAGUGUUUCGGAACGUCACCGCACGAUGCUUUGUGACCGCACAGUGCAGUACGCAGUUCUCCUCUCGUGGCGUCCGGCCAAGCGCCAGCACCAUGAUGGCGCGCCACCUGGACCAGAACACCAUGGGCUACCUGCAGUGGCGCUGGGGCAGCGAGUCGGCCAUGACCACCAGCAUUGUCCGAGACACCAAGACCAGCCACUUCACCCUGGCCUUCCAGCUUGGCAUGCCUCAUUCUUACCUGAUGAUGAGCUAUCAGUACAAAUUCCAAGAUGAAGACCAAACCAAGGUCAAGGGUUCUGUCAAGACCGGCUUCUUUGGGACAGUGGUGGAAUACAGCGCCGAGAGGAAGAUCAGCAGACACAGCGUUCUCUCAGCGACAGUCAGCAUUGGGGUACCUCAAGGAGUCUCUCUGAAAAUCAGGUUAAACCGAGCCAGUCAGACGUACCUUGUCCCCAUCCACCUGACGGACCAAAUCUUGCCCAGUGCUGUCUUUUAUGCCACCUUCGGCCCUCUGGUUGUCUACUUAGCGGUCCAGAAGCUUAUAAUCACGCCUUAUGUACACGCCCAAAAGGAACAGGAGCUGGAAAAGCACAGAGUGAACUCGGCAACAGAUAUAGCCAAGAAGAGGCAGGAAGCCGAAUCCGCCGUGGUACUGAUGCAGGAGUCGGUGCGAAGAAUCAUCAAAGCAGAGGAGUCCAAAAUGGGCCUCAUUGUCUUGAACGCCUGGUACGGCAAGUUUGUGAUGGACACCAGCCAGAAACAGGAGCGAGCGAAGGUCAUCGACGUGACGGUGCCUCUGCAGUGCCUGGUCAAAGAUUCCAAACUCAUCCUCACCGAGGCGUCGAAGGCGGGAUUGCCCGGCUUCUACGAUCCGUGCGUGGGAGAAGAGAAGAGCCUGAAGGUGCUGUACCAGUUCAGAGGAGUCCUGCACCAAGUGCUGUCUGGAGACACUGAAGCUCUUCGGAUACCCAAGCAAUCACACAGGAUAGAAGCCGAGACAUAGGAGUCCGCCCGACACGUGUGCAACAGACGGACGAUGGACAUCCACUAACGGGAGAUCCAAAGGGCUGUCUGAUUUAUUUAUUCCCCCUCCCCCGGGUGAAUUUGUGCGUGUAAACCCCGCCACCUUUUCAUUAUCCUGUAUAUCGGAAUCAUAUCCAUGAUGAAGAUGUUUUAGAAAAGAAUUCCGGGCACAGUUAUGAGGUAGAGCUCUAACGUAGGAUUCGUAAAACCGAAUCCGGAACGUGGAACCUGUUUUAACACUUCCUGACCUUGACAUAAAAAAAAAACGAAGAAAAAAAAAAAAAAACAGGAAGUCAGGGAGGAAGCUUGUCAGUGUGCUUGUGGGAUUUAGCCAGUAGCACUUGAGCUACUCCCUUCCUCCUCCUGAAUUAGCAAAUCACAGUUGAGCGUGUAAAGAGUACUUGUUUUUGAAUCUUGUAGAAGUUUUUCGACCUGGGAUUGUGUCUCGUUUUGGUUGUAUUUUUGUUUUUCGUUUAUGGAGAUGGGAUGUGCGCACACUAGAGAGCGUUUGAUUGGACGAACAAGCACGAUGAGCCAUCAAAAGCUUUUCCCCUUUUUCCUCAGAAAUAAUCGACUAAAAUUCAAAAUAAGAGUAUCUACAAAAUGCAACAAGCUCUAAAACACAACAUUUUAUUUUCACUAUGAUUUGAUUUCGUGGUAAAUCUUUCUCAUAACGUUCCUGAGAUACAAAAUAGAAUAACAAGAGAAUUACCUGUGAUCUCUCUGGGUGGGAGGGGCAUACUCUCUCUCCUGUCAAUCAAAGCAGCACUAGCCAAUCAUAGGUGUCUGUGAGCUCAUGUAUGUGGAAGAGGGUGGACGGCGCUGUUCCCUCAGAGUGUUUUUCGCUACACUGUGACGAGAUGCACACGUCUGGCUUCAUGUGUCUCGAAGGAAGCCUUUAUCUGCCCCGGCUGUAGCUGUCGUAUGAUGGGGCAGAUCUGGCGGGCAGGUGGGCGGGGUUUUGGCGAGCAACCAAAUUGCAGAGAAAAAGUAAAAAACGAUGAAAGUUGUCUUUGCAACUUCACGACUGUUACGCGAUGAUAUAACACACUUACACGUGUUACACAGUAUAGCGCGAGAGAAUUAAAUCGGAUUACGUUAGAUUAGAUCAGACUUGAGUCGUUUCUUAGAAAUUUCUUGCCAGUAGUUGCUCUGUAACAGUUCACAGAAACAGAAGUAUCAAAAAUGCCCAUGGAACGGCACGUGUAUGUUCACCUGUAGUGCUAUCUGCCCUCUUCCACAUAAAUGAGCGACAUGUUUAGAUGGAUAUCGGGGUGUAUGUGGGAAAAUAUCGUGUGAACAACCUAACAAAACAAAAAAUUCUGAUUUGGGCAGUAAAUACACUGAAUUGAACACUUGGGCACUUUAGGUUAUGUAAAAAUGAGUUUUUACAUUUUAAAAGAAAAUUAUUUUAAGCGAAUAUAUUAUUUAUUUCUCCUUUUUCUGCUGUAAAGCAUCGAUUCCAAAGAGCACGUUAUAGAGAAGGUAUAUUAUUAUUAUUCUACAUGUCAUAAUUAUCCGUAGUUUCUUAUCGCCCUAACUUGAAACUAAAUGUUAUUUUGCACAAACGGAGCGAGAGAAAAUGGAUUUCUAUCCCUUAUUGGUUUGUACGGCGUUUACUGACACACUUGCGAACCAGAAAAGCGAUAUUUCCCUCAAACGCCAUGUUAUUCAUUGAACUCUAUAUGUACAUAGUAUUGCAUAUGUUCCUGUGUAUCAUUCAUAAACCCUUGUCAUAGUUAUUAUAAAAUGAUUUUCUUUUUAACCUUAUCCUUUUUUUUUUUGCGAGUUCGUUUUCUAUUGUCAUCACUUGAAUACUGUAUUUAUUAUUUUUAUGUCAUGAAUGCAUGUAGUUACGAUUAUGGUACUUGAAUAUAACCGGAAUAUAACUUUGUGACGUGUGAAACUAAACUGGGCCGAGUGUACACAAAUGUCACUAAUUCUUCAUUCUUUUUUCUUAUUUAUUUUUUUGUUUUACAAAAACAGAUCCGUCCUUUCAAACUUUCAAAUCCCAAAAUUUAAACAAAUAAAUCAGUUAAAGCACUGUCUGAGAAUAAAGAAUCAAGUUACUGACAACGUAUAAAUAAAUAUACGAAAGAAUCGUUGAUCCGUCUACACAAGUUGUUUGAAGGAGUCGACUCUGAUUCGACUCUGACUUAAGUGAGCCGACUCGCAUAACCGGUGGUUUUGUUCAUUAUUGUUAAUUUUCCGCUUUUAUUUUUGUAUAUGUGGGCAAUGCAUUUUACUCUCACAGAGUGACUUUAAUCAAAAUGCUUCUUCCAUUUUAUCAUCUGAACUGUCUGUUUGUGUGAAUCAUUUAUCCAGCUUCAGUUAAGCGCUUUAUCGCGGUCAAGGUCGGAGUUUUCAAAUCAUAUUUUAACACAAGUCCUCUGCUGUCAAAACGUGCUCUCUCAAACGUGCUCUCCAAUGCUGUCCGAUAUGACAAAAAUACCAUACCACCAUACGUGAUGUUUUUACGAUACACGAUAUGCAUCACGAUAUGCAAUAACUUUUGCUAAGAACUUACCACAAAAC